AUGAGCAACGCCAUCAUCACCUCAUCGGUCGCGGCGUCCAAGAUAGAUGCUCUGUCGAAGUACGUCGACUUGUACAGCGACUUGCCAUCAUUGCAGGAGGUUAUCGAUUAUCAUCACGUGAAGAGCCAAGCUGAGCACGUUCAGGUCGAUUCCGCCGAUCAUGCGCUGUUGAUGCCACUGCGUGGAGCAUGCCUGAGUGGGGGCUCGGCUACUCCUGUCGAGAUACCCUGCCGUUGCGGGAGCCCUUAA